AGUUUCUUUGUCAAUGAUGCAAUCAGUCUUUGGUGGACUUCCUGAAGAAAAGAAUAACUUCAGGGAUUAGAGAUGCAAUUGAGUAUAGAAUUGCAAGAAACCCUUGGAAGCUGAGAUCAGUGCCUGAGGAUAGAAACUGAAGAUGUCAAUUCCACCACCUCCACCUGGUCCACCACCUCCCCCUCCACCUGGUGGAGGGACUUUGCGCUCCAAAGGCAAGCCAAAGUCCUCUGCUGAUGAACACAGUGCCUUAUUGGAGUCCAUCCGAAAGGGGAAGGCACUUAAGCAUGCUGUCACCAAUGAUCGCAGUGCUCCAAUCAUAGGGAAGACAAAUGGUGGAGGUGGACCAGUAUCUAGUACAGGAACAUUGAGAGGAGGGCCUGGACCAGUAUCUAGUACAGGAACAUUGAGAGGAGGGCCUGGACCAGUAUCUAGUACAGGAACAUUGAGAGGAGGGCCUGGACCAGUAUCUAGUACAGGAACAUUGAGAGGAGGGCCAACGUCAUCACCUCCAUCUCAUGCUCCUACCACUGGCCCUGUUGGAUUGGGGAUUUUAUUUGCUGAUGGCAUUCCCAAACUUCGCCCCACGGGACCCAAGAUCAGUUUUGGGAGCACAGUUGAUUCUGGGUUCAAUCCUCCUCCUCCACGACCAAAUGCUUCAGCAAAGGCAGUUUCUCCAAGGAAUUCAUUUCUUCACACUGGUGGACGAGGAAGUGAUGGAAUGACAGGAACCUUGAAGGCUAAGCCACAGCCACCUCCUCAAAGUGCCAAACCUGCCAUCAAUAUGGGUGAGUCAGGGAGCAUAUGCUUUCCUUCUGGGAAAGCAGCCAGCACCCCAUCAAUGAGCCAGAUACUAGAGAGGUCAUUGCCAUCAUCGGCUGUAGUACGAAAGGGCCCACCCCCAUCUAUCCCACCCAUGAAAUCACUUGCACCACGACCCCCAAAUCAGACACAGUUGAUCAAGCCAGCUCCACCUCCAAAGCUGAACUUGAGUCGAGCUCAGAGCAUGAGGCAUGGGCCAGCAUCUCCGACAAGUCCAACAACACCCAUACGGAGUCAGGAUGACCUCCAUAGCCCUCCUCCAAUGGGUCAACCAGCGUCCAUUCGAAGUCUGGCACCUCCACCUCCUCCCACUCGCAAUCGGUCAUUCCCCCAGGCAAUCAACAGCCUAGGUGUGAGCCAAAGCCCAUUGCGAGCAGCACCCAGACCUCCCAGUGUGAGGCCUCCUCCACCCCCAACAAAGUCCCUUGCUCCUCCCAGUCAGCCUCCUCCACCACCUCCCCCAAAUGUCCCCCCUCCACCUUCUAAAACUGGCCCACUCAAUGCAACCUUGAAAAGGCCUUUCAUGCCACAGCAAUCCUCUCCUCCAAUUCCUCCUGCCAGGAACUCCUCCAUGGGAAAAAAUAAUCGAGUGUCGAAGAGGCCUCCAGCCCCACCACCUCCUCAGGGUGCAACUCCUGUUGUGGUGCAGCUGGGAAAGUUCUAUGAAAGUAAUGUCUCACAGUGCUAAUGAAUGCAUUAUUGCAUAGACUACAAGUUUUCCUGUGAUGAGAUCAUCUCCCCAAUGACUUGUCUCAUGUGCACAAACUGUUCUUGUGUCAUGAGGCUUUCAUGGCUGUUUUCUUAAGGGAGAGAGAAGAAAGUGCCUGCAUUCCUGCCUUUUUUUUCUGGGUGUAUCCACUGCCUGAGUCAGACUUAAGUGGUAUCAAGAUCACAAUUGUCAUCGAUGUACUGAAUUUGGCAGGGGAAUUUGAAACGCAUGUAUUGAAUGAGUUGAACAAUGGUUAUUUGGUAUAUGCUGGUGCUUGAAUGGAAAGGGGAGAAAAAGUAAUUUUUAUUUUCCAUCCCUUUUCCCUCCCCAUAUUGUCUGAAAGAUAUAGAGCAGGGGUGUCAAACACAAAUGGGUUGGAGGGCUGCAUUCCUUACCCUGCAGAUGCCUCCAGGCUGCACCAAUAAUUUUUCUCUGAAAUUUUUGCUAUAAGUCAAUCCAAACUGAAAUUUCAAGAACAGAUGGUGGGCUGUAUGUUUGAAACCCCUGAUAUAAAGCAACCAAUGCUUAGGAGCCAUGACUCCCUACCCUCACAUGAAUGAUCCUAGAGAACAGCAGCUCCACUACUGUUUCUGUUUUCACCAUCAAUAUUAGUGAGGCUGAACUAAAAAUGGUCAGCAAUUUUAUUGAAAUGGGGAAUGAGAAGCAUAAUGCUUUUAAAAAAAAAUUGCCACAGUCAGUGGGAGUAAAAGACCAAGCAAUGACAGAACAAAUUGUGCACUCUCCAAUCAUUUGCAUGGUUCUGUCUCCAGCACUUCUAUUGAAAUUAUGUCUUUUGUUGGGUGUCCUUCCCAGAGUGGAGAAGUUUGUAUAAAUAGGGAAGUUAUUUAAUAAUACUCAAGGUAAACAGGAGGCAUAUGGAAUCAAACCAGAUGUUUUGGAAGAGUUCCACCUUCUAUGCUGAAUGUUUGGUAUCUGCAAUUAGCUGUAACAUUCCAGUUAUAUUUGGCAUCUAAGAGUGAAAUGAUUGAAAUAUGCUGGGUGAAAAAAGCCUAGACACCAUUGAAGCUCAUGUUAUGACAUAUACAUUGUAUGAGUUCACUUGGAGACUUCAAAAAUUUUUUUAAAACUUUUGAAAUUAAAAUUUAACUCAGUGGGAUGGAAUUGAGAGUCCAUCUACCUGUAUGCACCAUCCUCACCCAUCAUUGGCCUUCCUUAAGUUCUCUGUUACCAGGUGUUCAUCUUUCAAUGGCCAUUUCAAGGUCCAUUAAUCAAGAGUUUUAUGCUUUCUUGUUGCCUCAUGCAUGUCAUCAAGCCCCAGUCAUUCCUCACAUUAGGUAUUGACUUGGCAGGCCCCACAACAGCGCUUUCUCUGUGUGAAUGAACCUCCCAGUUCCCUUUGUUUGAGAAUCUUGCAUUCCAAGGGAGUCAGGAUGAUACAAAGAUUCAUCAUCUUCAUCAUGAUGUGAUGUUUUCAGUUAUCUCUUGUUUUUCCCUCAUUUUCUCAAUGCUGGAAUUGUCCCAUGAAUGGUGCUAUGCUUGGCUGUGUCUGCUCCUCCUCCCUUUUUUCCUCCCAAUCAAAAUGAUAAUUAUAUUCUCAUCUAUCUAUAUUUACCAUGUUGAUUCAUUUUUCAUUUUUCUGUUACAUUAGAAGACUUUGUCUCUGUUUAGUUGUUUGUUUGUUAAUGAUGUCCAUUGGUCUUGCCCAAUUGCUUAGGAUUCUCAUCCUGUAUCAUAAGCAUCAUCUUGAAGAUGAAGAUUAUAUUUUUACCCCUUUUUUUCUGCUCUCAUCAAUGGAACUUGUGUAAUCCAUGGAAUAGAAAAUAAUUAAAUUGAAAUAAA